GGGGUCCUGGGCCCCUCCCCGCGGGCCCCCUGCCAUGGGCGCCGGCCGCGGCGGGCACGCGCACGCAUGGCGCUCGAGCCCGCGGCCACGGCCGCCGGCUCCCCUCGGGGCGCGGAGGCGCCGCCGCCGCACGGGGAGCAGGGACUCAGGAACCGCAGGGCCGAGCGCCUGUGUGGAGCCCUGGAGGCGGUCGCCUCGAGGGCGCGGUUCCAGGAGCAGAAGCGGCGCCGAGCGGCAGUGGUCCUGCAGGCCUUCGCCUUCGCCCGGGGCGCGGCGGCGCGCCGCCUCGCUCACGCCUGGCGCCGCCGGGCGGCCCAGGCCCAGCUCGCGGCGGUGUGGCAGCGCUUCCGAGCGCGGCGGCAGCUGCUGGAGGCGCGGGGCGCGGCGGUGGCGAGGAGAGACGGCGAGCUGUGGCGCGGGGCGCUUGAGACCGCGCUGGCGCGCCUGCUCCUCCGGGAGAUGAAGGACCGGACGCGCGCGGCGGUCGUGAUCGCGGCGCGCGCGAGGGGCAUGCUGGCCCGGAAACGCAUGCGCUUGAUGCUGAUCCACAGGCGGGCCUUCGAGCGCCUCAAGCCCCUCCGGUGCAUCUGGUCCCGCAGGAAGGCGCAGGCCCUCGUGCUGCGCCUGCACGAGGAGCAGCGCGGCCGCAGCCACAGGGAGGCGUGGCACGCGGCCGUGCGGACCCUGAAGCUGCGCCUCCUGCUGGACUUCAAGGUCAUCAACAGGAGGGAGUCCAGCGCGCUGGCGGUGAUCGCCGGGCACAUCUCCGCGAUGUACGACCGGCGGAGGCCCAAGGUGAUGCAGGUCAUCCAGCACCUGAACCGCCUGCGCGUGGAGCAGGAGGACCGACGCCACAACAUCCAGCAGCGGGCGGUCUACAGGCUGCAGAUGAUGUGGCGCAGCUGGGUGCAGAAGCAGCGGGAGCUCGCGGGCAAGCUCGUGGACGUCCUCGACGGGGAGUGGCGCGACCGCAAGGCGCUCACUGCGGACGAGGUCCCGUUCCUGGAGCACCUGGGCGGUGGCGGCGCGCUCCAGGCCGUGCACGCGCGGGUGCUGCGGGCUGGCACGCUCUCCGCGCCGGGGGCGCCGGCGGUGGGCUGGGUCGAGAGGCUCGCCGGCCUCGCGCGGGACGCGGCCGACGUCCGCGUGGGCCUGGACUUUGCGGCCC